AUGGAGCCUGCAAGUGGAAAGACGUCGCCGGUAAAACAAGAAAUUCUCGAACCUGCCGGCCCCGAAAAGCGUGUUUUGAAGAAAAAGAGUGGCUUCUUCCAAAACCACAGUCCUUUCCGCCGCAAAAGUAUAAAGGAGGCGCAAGCUCCAGCACAAAACCGAAACACCUGGCAUCGUACCGCAAGCCCGGAGCCUAUUGACGCCAAUGCUAGCCUGGCCCUAGGAGUUGGCCAGAAUGUGCUUCCUGUGACAACUCCCGAUACUGCCAGGCGACGUGCGCAUUCUCGUGAAACCGAACCAGAUCAGUCCGACCCUAUCGCGUUGGCCUUGGCCGAGCUAAAAGAAGUCAGUGUGGGCAAGCAAUCCUCUCUCCGAAUAUCUGCAGACCACUACCAUGGCAUUGCCACCCCAGCCCCUGGAGUAGACCCUCGAUCAGCCCGACCGGGGGCCCGUGAUGCACCACCAUCGUAUAAUAACCAAGCUCCAGUCUCUCGACUGGGAGUGCCACCACCUGCAGUUACCUCCCGAGCUAUGAAGGAAGCCACGAAGAAGGCAGCCGACCAAAGUCGCGCUGUGUUUGGCAAUACUGGAAAUCGUGGCGUGUCGCCAGCCUCAAGACCUGCAACCCGCGGCAGUGACAUGCCACGAGCUGCCUCACCAGCGCCCGCCCGCACCGCAUCUCCCCAACCUCGAAUGAACGGCAAUUCGCGCUACCGUUCCGCUUCGCCCAAUCCAUACAGCGGACAUCACCGGAACGGAUCACAGGUGAGCAUAUCCCAGCAACGGGGAUCCGACCAAAGCUUCUACGGUGCAUCAUCGCCGCACGGGUCUACCAGGUCUGUGAGAGGGGCGUCUCCAGCGGGAUACGGCGGUGAUCACAAUCGACCACGAAGCAGCUACGGCGGCUCCGACAUGGCAGUGCAAUUAGCUUCUGUUGGCGAUGAUCGACACAGCUCCUACGGCGGCAGGGGUACCGUGGACAUCUAUGAUGGAGGAUCCCGACCUCGUAGUAAAAGUGUUGCCGAUCCGUCCAGGCAGUACACACGCGACGGCAGACCUAUUCUGCACUACGCUCGUGCUUUGUACAUGUAUCAGGCCGCUAUCCCCGAAGAACUUGGCUUUGCCAAAGGGGAUUACCUUGCCGUGCUUCGUCACCAAGAUGAUGGCUGGUGGGAGGCCGAAGUCCAUGGCGGCAAUGGGCGAGUUGGUCUGGUUCCAAGCAACUACCUUCAGCCUUGCUAA